AUGGAAAAGGACGAUGCCAAAAGAAAUAAGGUAAAUACAAACGAAUAUGAGGUCCAUAUCCAAAGUGGUACAGUUUUUGAAGCUACUGAUAGUAACGGACUUAGUGACCCAUAUGUAACUAUCAGUAUGGUUCGUGAGGAUGGCAAAACCACCAAACAAAUCUAUAGAAGUUCAGUUUGUAAAAAGACUUUAUCUCCAAAGUGGGAUGAAAAAGGAACCAUGAAAUUCAAAGAAAAUGUAUCAACUUUAAUCAUUCAGCUUUGGGAUCAAGAUAUCAUUGGUAGCAAUGAUUUCAUUGGUGGUACAUCAGUUGACGUAGCAUCUUGUAAAUAUGGUAAUUUCCAAUAUAUCGAUGCCGAAGUAUUCGAGGAAAAAGAAGGUAAAGUCGUCACCAAAGGUAAUGUUAAAUUAUCAAUUGAAAAGAAAAAAGCCAAAUCAGUCAAUGCAUUAUACAGCUACAACUCAUCAAUGUAA